AAUGUUGAGAGGACUGCGAAGGUUGGUGAGAUGAAUAGUGUGGCUAAUGAAUUUUCGGGGACUGGACCAGCCAGAGUUCGUUGGGCGGAUAUGGCAGAGGUCCAACGUUUAAAUCUGGCUGAAGGUCUCACGAAGGAGCAACGAAGUCUUCAAGAGGCUCGAUUUGAGAUCAUCACUUCAGAAGCAUCAUACUUCAAGAGUUUGACUGUUCUGAUCGAUCUCUUCUACAAAGCUCCCGUUUUCAACCCCACUUCACCCAACUCUGUUAUCACUGAAUUUGACAAGCAUCAGCUCUUCUCAAAUAUUCUUAAUAUUCACAUUACCAGCGAGAACUUGCUUCAUUCGUUAGAAACCAGUUUCCGUCAAGACCCCAUGAUAAAGAAUAUCUGCGAUAUUUUGUACGAACACUCGGAAACAAAGCUCUCCUACUACGUCACUUAUGUAAAAAAUCAAAUGUAUCAAACUCGCACUUUGAGUAAACUCUUGAAUCGACCAGCCUUCAAGGAGGCCGUACUACAGAUUCAAAGCAUGCCACAAUGUAUGGGGCUAGAUUUGAAUUCCUUCUUAGUUCUGCCUAUGCAACGAGUGAUGCGAUUGAGAUUACUGGUGGCAGCUGUUAUUCACUACACUCCUCGUUCAUCACCCGCGUACGAAAGUGGACUUUGCGCACUGGCAUCGCUUGAAAAGGCAAGUCAACUUCUUCUACGCAUACUUUGCAUGUUAAUCAAUAGAUCAGGGGCUACUGAUAAAUAUCAUUUAUUUAUAUCAAAUGCCAGGCGUCUUGAUGGUUAUCAUUAG